AUGAUCGAGUGGGCAAUCGGUUGGCCGGAGGGUGUGCAGAUCCUUCUUGAAUUUGGAGCAGAUCCAAGGCAAACAUAUGACAUGUUGUUCCUCCUUUAUCCUGGGAAGGGGCGUCAAUCCUCGGCCGAAAUAUUGUUAAAAGCAGGAUGCCCCAUUCAUCCGACGUACCUCCAAACCAGGUUCGAGUUCACUGGUGGGAAAGAGAAAAUGAUAUUACUGAUACGAUGCUUUGCGGAAAGGUUUUUGCCUCUGGAUUUAAUACCUGUCUCGGGGGAAAAUCAACUUCUCGAUGGAUCAAAUUGUCGACAAGUCCUCGAGUUACUGGCUGAUCACAAAGUACCCCUGCCACAUCCCUUUACACCCAACGCUGAGAAAUUCUUGGGGCUUCAAGGUGAUAUGACUGUUUACCAUGGUAAAUGGUCAAAACUGUGUGCCGAAGCAUUGUAUCAAGUGGGGUUUCUUGACACUGACAGGCUCGACUCGAACAGCUACUCGCCCCUCGAAUCCCUUGGGUCAAACAAGUUAUGGGAUGUUCUGGAACGGUUGACAGAAAUAAUUUACUGGCACAUCUCCAAAGGUGCCAACCUUCACCGUACAUUGGCUUGGGCCAGCGAAUCGGUUUCCCAUGUCUUGAUUUUGGCGAUGAUUGAACGAAGCUGUUAUAGUGAUUGGAUUGGUGAAUCGCUUCAACUCGCAGAGGUUGAAAGAUAUUUACGAGAGCUUGUCGCAAUGGGAGAUGAGUUCUUUGCGCCGACUGGAGUUCCAGAUGGGUGCUCCUGCCCUUGCUCUCCAGGAGGAUGCACGGCAGUAUCGGCCAUUCUCCGAAAAUUGACUUCUGGAUCUUGGAGAUGGCACUUCAAAUGUUAUAGCAAGUGUCAAAGAAGAGUGUUCAAUUUUGUUCACGAAUGGGACCAGUCUUACUGGGAAAAGCCCCAAGAAGUCAUCAGAUCUUUGACCUUCAAUGCAUUGGGUCUGACUCACACAUGCUUUGCCAGCAUCCACAAAGGACAGGUUCUCUGUCAGCCUUUGAAAAAGCUUUUACCCGAAUACUGGUAUAGGCGUGUCAAAGAUCAUCUAUUAACGCGACAUCCCGACAAUGAAGAGCAUGUGAAAGGUGCAACGAGCGUGGGGGUGGAGCUCGAAUUCUGUGGACUUUCUGUCCCCGAUUGGAUGAAAAACUGCAUUGCAAGAAAGGUGGAGGAGGUCAAUGAUGAGGAUGCGGUUGAUGUGUAG